CUAUGUAAUCUUUCCUAUAUCAUAAUUGUAAGAUCAUAAUAAAUCAACGUUAAAAAAAAAAAAAAAAACUGAACUCAUAAUAAACUAAUCAGAAUUGAAAACCAAAAAAAUCUGCUACAUGAACUUACUUGGUUUAAUUAACAGUCAAACCUUCUAACUCGCUUCGAGGGUUUAAGGCGGGAGCGGGAAAACGCCAUACAAGAAACUACAGAGAGAAGUCUCUCAGUGGCAGCGCCGGUAAAGCUUUAUUAUUGCAAAGGAGAGAGAGAGAGAGGAAUGGCGCCAGUUCUAGAGAGCAGCACACAGCCAUGGGUUGAGAAAUACCGGCCGAGGCAGGUGAAGGACGUGGCGCAUCAGGAGGAGGUGGUUCGUGUCCUCACCAACACUCUCGAGACUGCCAACUGUCCGCACAUGCUCUUUUAUGGACCCCCAGGCACGGGAAAGACCACUACUGCUCUUGCCAUCGCCCACCAGCUCUUUGGACCUGAGUUGUACAAGUCUAGGGUGUUGGAGCUGAAUGCUAGUGAUGACAGAGGGAUUAAUGUUGUUCGCACAAAGAUUAAGGAUUUUGCUGCUGUUGCUGUUGGCUCCAACAACCGUCAAGGCGGUUAUCCUUGCCCAUCGUUUAAGAUCAUUAUUCUCGAUGAGGCUGAUUCUAUGACGGAAGAUGCUCAGAACGCCUUGAGGCGCACAAUGGAAACUUACUCCAAAGUCACCAGAUUCUUUUUCAUCUGUAACUAUAUCAGCAGGAUCAUAGAACCUCUUGCUUCAAGAUGUGCAAAGUUCAGGUUCAAACCACUUUCUGAAGAAGUCAUGAGUAGCCGUAUAUUGCAUAUUUGUAAUGAAGAAGGUCUCAACCUUGGUGGAGAGGCUCUUUCAACUUUGAGUUCCAUAUCACAAGGUGAUCUCCGUAGAGCCAUCACGUAUCUGCAGAGUGGUGCUCGGUUGUUUGGAUCAACAAUAACUUCUAGAGAUUUACUCGAUGUGUCUGGGGUAGUUCCUCUGGAGGUAGUCGAGAGAUUUUUUACAGCAUGCAAAAGUGGUGAUUUCGAUAUUGCAAACAAGGAAGUGGACAACAUAGUUGCAGAAGGAUAUCCUGCAUCUCAAAUCACCAAUCAGUUAUUUGAUAUAGUUGUUGAGGCUGGUGAUGACAUAACAGACAAUCAAAAGGCUAAGAUCUGCAAAUGUCUAGGUAAAACAGAUAAGCAACUUGUAGAUGGUGCAGAUGAGUACCUGCAGCUUCUGGACGUGGCAAGCAAUACAAUUCGUGCACUCUCAGAAAUGUCCGAAGACUUUUAAAGCAAUAAUUUUCUGCUUUGCUUAUGUUGAGUUUUUAAGGGAUCUGACCUCUACCUUAUGAAUAAAUGCGACAAAAAGACAUGAUUUUUAUAAUGUUCGAUGAUAUGCCAAGACCAAUUAGAGAAAAAAAA